GUCGGGGAGAGAAAAGGGGCUAACAAGUCAGUCAUGGUACGAGGCUAGCGUGAAAAGCCGGAGCGCCUUCUUGUAACUAAAGCCCGUUGAUAUUUAACAGUGAGGAGAAGAAGAAGAAGAAGAAGGAGAAGAAGAAGAGGAGGGAAAAGGGAGAAGGGAAGCCCGGCGAAGCGAGAGACGAGCGGGGUACAAGAUGCAGCUGGCCGCGGUGCUGUGGGGCUCCCUGGUAACUUUGCUGCUCAGCCAGACUCCAGGAGUUCUGGGCAGCGCUGAGUGUUCAUGUGGGAGGAACCACUUCACGUGCGCGGUCAGCGCGUUCGGCGAGUGUACCUGCAUCCCGGCCCAGUGGCAGUGUGAUGGAGAUAACGACUGCGGGGACCACAGUGACGAGGACGGAUGCAUGCUUCCCACCUGCUCGCCGCUGGACUUCCACUGCGACAACGGCAAAUGCAUCCGUCGCUCCUGGGUGUGUGACGGAGACAACGACUGCGAGGAUGACUCCGACGAACAGGACUGUCCUCCCAGGGAGUGCGAGGAGGACGAGUUUCACUGCCAAAAUGGCUACUGUAUUCGCAGCCUCUGGCACUGCGACGGCGACAACGACUGUGGGGACAACAGUGACGAACAGUGUGACAUGCGUAAAUGUUCGGACAAGGAGUUCCGCUGCACAGAUGGCAGUUGUAUCGCUGAGCACUGGUACUGUGACGGCGACACAGACUGUAAGGACGGAUCAGACGAGGAAAACUGCCCCUCAGAUGUGAUGGCAGCCACCUGCAGCGUGGAAGAGUUCCAGUGUGCGUACGGCCGCUGCAUCCUGGACAUCUACCACUGUGACGGAGACGACGACUGCGGAGACUGGUCGGAUGAGUCGGACUGCUCUUCCCACCAGCCCUGCAGAUCAGUUGAAUUCAUGUGCAGCAGCGGGAUGUGCAUCAACGCUGGCUGGAGGUGUGACGGCGAAUUCGACUGUGACGACCAAUCAGACGAGAAGAACUGCACCACGUCCAUGUGCACGGCCGACCAGUUCCGCUGUGGAACUGGACGCUGCGUCCGGUUGUCGUGGAGAUGCGAUGGCGAGGAUGACUGCUCCGACCACAGUGAUGAAGAGGGCUGUGAGAAAACUGAGAGUCCUCCAUGUGCUCCUGAUCAGUUCCAGUGUGGGAAUGGACGCUGUAUCGGCCAGAGGAAGGUGUGUAAUGAGGUCAACGACUGCGGAGACGGGACUGACGAACACCCGCACCAUGACUGCCGGCCGCGCUCCAGCGAGGGCAACUGUAACCAGAAUAAUGGAGGCUGCUCCCAGAAGUGUCAGAUGGUCAGAGGACUGGUCCAGUGCACCUGUCACACUGGAUACCGACUGAUGGACGGCGGCAAAGCCUGCCAGGAUGUGGACGAGUGUGCUGAAGAAGGCUACUGCAGCCAGGGCUGUACCAACACAGAGGGGGGGUUCCAGUGCUGGUGCGUCCAGGGCUACGAGCUCCGACCUGACAAGCGCAGCUGCAAAGCUCUGGGUCCCGAGCCAGUGCUGCUGUUUGCCAAUCGCAUCGACAUCCGUCAGGUUUUGCCGCAUCGCUCCGAGUACACCCUGCUGCUCAACAACCUGGAGAACGCCAUCGCCCUGGACUUCCACCACAGCCGCGAGCUGGUCUUCUGGUCCGACGUGACGCUGGACCGCAUCAUGAAAGCCAACCUCAACGGCUCUAACGUGGAGGAGGUUGUCUCCACCGGUCUGGAGAGCCCAGGUGGACUGGCCAUAGACUGGAUCCAUGACAAGUUGUACUGGACAGACUCCGGGACGUCCCGCAUCGAGGUGGCCAACCUGGAUGGGACGCACCGCAAGGUGCUGCUGUGGCAGAACAUGGAGAAGCCCCGAGCCAUCGCAUUGCACCCGAUAGAGGGGAAGAUCUACUGGACAGACUGGGGCAACACACCUCGCAUCGAGUACGCCAACAUGGACGGCUCCAACCGGCGGGUCAUCGCAGACACACAUCUAUUCUGGCCCAAUGGCCUCACCAUUGACUACGCCGGGCGCCGCAUGUACUGGGUGGACGCCAAGCACCAUGUCAUCGAGAGGGCCGACCUGGACGGACGCAACCGCAAGGCCGUCAUCAGCCACGGCCUGCCGCACCCGUUUGCCAUCACGGUGUUUGAGGACAGCCUCUACUGGACUGACUGGCACACCAAGAGCAUCAACAGCGCCAAUAAAUUCACAGGCAAGAACCAGGAGAUUAUUCGCAACAAGCUGCACUUCCCCAUGGACAUCCACACCCUGCACCCCCAGAGGCAGCCCGCAGGUGGCAGGAACCGCUGUGGCAGCAACAAUGGAGGCUGCAGCCACUUGUGUCUCCCCAGCAACAAGACCUACACCUGCGCCUGUCCCACCGGCUUCAAGAAGGUGGACCACUACAACUGUGCUGACGGUCUUGACAAGUUCCUGCUUUUUGCCCGAAGGACGGACAUCCGACGAGUCAGCUUCGAUACAGAGGACAUGUCCGAUGAUGUCAUCCCUCUGGCUGACGUGCGCAAUGCUGUGGCGCUGGACUGGGACGCCAAAGACGGCUACAUCUACUGGACUGAUGUCACCACCGACUCCAUCAACAGAGCGCUGUGGAACGGCUCCAAGCAGGAGGUGGUGGUGGACACCAGUCUGGAGAGUCCCGCAGGUUUGGCGAUUGACUGGGUGACCAGCAAGCUGUACUGGACUGAUGCUGGUACGGAUCGUAUCGAAGUUUCUAAUGCCGAUGGGAGCAUGAGGACUGUCCUGAUAUGGGAGAACCUGGACCGGCCGAGGGACAUCGUCGUCGACCCGAUCGGAGGUUUCAUGUACUGGACCGACUGGGGUGCCAACCCAAAGAUCGAGCGUGCGGGAAUGGACGCCUCCAGUCGCAUUGUCAUCAUCUCAUCUAAUCUGACGUGGCCCAAUGGGCUCGCCAUUGACUACGAGACCAAACGCCUGUACUGGGCCGACGCCGGCAUGAAGACUAUUGAAUUUGGCAACUUUGAUGGUUCUGACCGACAGGUUUUGAUUGGCAGCCAGCUGCCUCACCCCUUUGGCCUGACCGUGCAUACGGACAAGCUGUACUGGACGGACUGGCAGUCCAAGAGCAUCCAGAGCGCCAACAAACUCACUGGCUUGGGCCGACACACGCUGGCCGAAAACCUGGAGAACCUCAUGGACAUUCACAUGUUCCACCGACUACGUGAGACAGUGCAUAACCCGUGCUUGGUGAAUAAUGGAGGCUGCAGCCACCUCUGUCUUCUGGCUCCUGCUCCCAAAGCCUCCAGCUGUGCCUGUCCCACCGGGAUCAACCUGCAGACGGAUGGGAAGACCUGCACGCCCGGGAUGAGCAGCUUCCUGAUCUUUGCACGGAGGACAGACAUCAGGAUGGUCUCUUUGGAUAUCCCUUAUUUUGCUGACGUGGUUCUGGCUGUAAACAGCUCCAUGAAAAACACCAUCGCCAUCGGGGUCGACCCCAAAGAAGGAAAAGUCUAUUGGUCUGACAGCACACUGAAGAAAAUCAGCAGAGCCAACAUCAAUGGAAAAGCACACGAAGACAUCAUAUCUACAGGGCUGAUGACAACCGAUGGCCUGGCAGUGGACGCUGUCGGCAGGAAGAUCUACUGGACGGACACGGGAACCAACCGCAUCGAGGUCGCCAACCUGGACGGCUCCAUGAGGAAAGUUCUGGUCUGGCAAAACCUGGACAGCCCUCGAGCCAUCGCCCUCUACCAUGAGAUGGGUUAUUUAUACUGGACAGACUGGGGCGAGCACGCUAAGCUGGAGCGCUCAGCGAUGGAUGGAUCAGACCGUGUGGUCCUCAUCAGUAACAACCUGGGCUGGCCCAACGGCCUGGCCAUCGACAUGGCCGGCUCACAGUUACUGUGGGCCGACGCUCACACCGAGCGUAUUGAGUCGUCCGACCUGAACGGGCAGAAUCGCCGCACCCUCGUGACUCCAGUCCAGCACCCGUACGGUUUAACUCUGCUGGGCUCCCACAUCUACUGGACCGACUGGCAGAGCCGCAGCAUCCAGCGUGCUGACAAGAACACCGGGACCAACACCAUCACGGUGCGAGCCAACCUGCCAGGCCUGAUGGACAUCCAGGCCGUGGACAGGGACAGGCCACUGGGUUUUAAUAAGUGCGGCAGGAGGAACGGGGGCUGCACCCACCUGUGCCUGCCUCGUCCCAACGGUACGUCCUGCGCCUGUCCCACUGGCAUCCUGCUCAAGGGAGACGGCAGGUCAUGUGACGACUCCCCGGAGACGUACCUGCUCUUCUCCAACCGCGUCAGCGUGCGCAGGAUCUCCCUGGACACCAACGACCACACCGACGUGCACGUACCGGUGCCCGAGCUGCACAACGUCAUCUCGCUGGACUACGACAGCGUGGACGGAAAACUUUACUACACAGAUGUCACCCUGGAUGUUAUCAGGCGUGCAAACCUGGACGGCACUGGCAUGGAGACGGUGAUCAGCCAGGGCCUGAAGACCACAGAUGGACUGGCUGUAGACUGGGUGGCCAGGAACAUGUACUGGACUGACACCGGGCGCAACACCAUCGAGGUAGCCCGCCUGGACGGAACGAGCCGCAAAGUCCUGGUUAACAACAGUCUGGAUGAACCCCGGGCCAUCGCAGUGUUCCCGAGCAAAGGGUUCCUGUUCUGGACUGACUGGGGUCACAUUGCAAAGAUUGAGCGAUCUCACCUGGACGGCUCGGACCGGAAGGUUCUGAUCAACACCGACCUGGGCUGGCCCAACGGUCUCACUCUGGACUAUGACACACGAAGGAUCUUCUGGGUGGACGCCCACUUGGACAGAAUCGAGAGCUCGGACCUGAACGGGAAACUGCGUCAGAUCCUCGUCAGCCCGGUGUCGCACCCGUUCGCCCUCACACAGUUGAAGCCGGUGUCCUCCCCUCUAACUCCUUUCUCCCGACUCUCGCAGCAAGACCGCUGGAUCUACUGGACAGACUGGCAGACUAAGUCCAUCCAGCGGGUGGACAAACACACUGGCCGUAACAAGGAAACCGUGCUGGCCAACGUGGAGGGCCUCAUGGACAUUAUAGUGGUAUCCCCUCACAGACAGACAGGUACCAACCUCUGUGGGGUAAAUAAUGGCGGCUGCACUCACCUCUGCUUCGCCAAGACCAACAGUUUUGUGUGUGCCUGCCCUGAUGAACCAGAUGGGCGCCCCUGUUCCACCAUUUCAGGUUACGUCCCCACCGCUCCUGCCAGAGCAACCAGCAGCACUCCCGUCCCCAACAAGAUCCCUAAAGCUCCAACAGACACCCCACACCGAGGACCCUCACCGGUCAACUGCACCGACAAGAACCUGAAUGAAGAAGGCUGCUUGAGCAACGUGGUGACGGCUCCUCAUGGAGAAGGACUUCAUAUCAGCUACGUGAUUGGUGGAGUUCUGACCAUCCUGGCAAUCCUGAUCCUCAUCGCUGCGUUGAUUAUUUACAGACAUAAAAAGUCCAAGUUUGCAGACCCGGGAGUGAGCAACCUGACCUACAGUAACCCCUCGUACCGGACGUCCACACAAGAGGUCAAGAUCGAGGCGUCGCAGAAGCCUCCAAUAUAUAACCAGCUUCGAUAUAAGAAAGAGGGUGGAGUGGACGGAGGCUACACCAAGGAGAAGAUCCGCAUCGUGGAGGGCGUGUGUCUUCUGUCCAAUGAGGAGCUUUACUGGGAUGACCUAAAACAGAUCAAGCCGUCUCGAGGCGGCCUGCACACCUGCAUGCGUACAGACACGGUGUCCCUGCAGGCCAGCAGUGCUUCGCUAGACGACGGCGAGACGGAGCAGCUCCUCCAGGAGGAGGCGUCCGAAUGCUCCUCCAUAACCACCCUGACCCCUUCAGCCAUCACCCCGCAGCGUCACGCCCAGCACAGCCUGCCCGACACCGGCUGGGCCUCCACGCGCAAGCCCUCCACCGAGAGCGAAGUGUGAGGGAGGCCCCCCCCGCCCUCCGUGCUUUAUCUCAACCUCCAUUACCUAAUACACACGUACACACACCUGUAUUUAUAGCAAACACAAAUAGAAAUAGGUACAAACACAGUAACAGUUGCAUACGUAGAGUAACGGUACAUAUGAACCCGGUUAGACACAACUAAGCUCCAAUAAACACAACUUCUGUCUCUGAAACUGGGGCUCCGUCCUACUUGUACACACACACACACACACACACGCAGUACAGUCCUCCAACAGUACCCUCAGUGCUACUGCCUUUCGGCAAAAUGAUAAACUAAUGAGCAUGCUGGAAUAAGGAAGCAAAGGACUCUGGGGAGGAAGUGAACAGAGAGACACAAGCGUUACCUGGAGCCUCUUUAAAGGAGGCAGACUCUCAAUGCACCGAACGCUUCUCUGUAUACAACUUCAUCUUUAUUUUUGCGAACUUUUUUUUUUCUUGUUGUUGUUGGACGAAGCUAAAACGACGUACACCCCGGACGAUGUAACCACGACGCUCUCUCGAAUGCCACUCAUGUCUUUAUGAACUCUAUUUAUGAACGUUUUUGUACUUGUGGAGUGGGUUUGCUGACUUUCAGAGAAUGGCGAGAGUGUUGUGUUAGAGCUUGUGCAGCAGGACCCGGGUAUUCAAGAGUUGUAUUUAUGACAGUGCCAAAGGGUGGGGGCUUCACAGAGUCUCCGUGCUUCUUUCUGCAUUUACACUUCAGUAGAAAUGUAUCUUCAUUACGGGAUGCUUGUUUCCUUUGACUUUAUUGAUUUGCUCUCACCAGUCGGAGACCUCAGCGAUGACACCACCUGCUUCUGAUUCCUUAUUUUACAGCCUCCAACAGGUCGAGCAAGGACUUACUGUAGCUGGUACUGUCAGUCGCUUUCAGAAGUCCAUUCAUCCUGUUUUGUUCCUCUGAUCCUCUGACAUAGCAGAGGAGGCCACGAUGAAGUAACAGCCUAAGUGCCAAACAUUUCGUUCCCUCCUUCAGCGGCAUAUUUAUUUUUUUCUGAGAUGUUUUAAAAUGUUCGUGACAUUCGUUUUACUUGGAUUUGGUCAGCGGAAUUACAGAAAACCGUAUUCCCUCAGACAUGUUACCACUGUGGCUGUUCAGCCAUGCAGAUAGUUGUGGUUUUAUUUUCCCUGGUGUUAGAAAUACAUCUCUGAGAUUUCUUCUGCAUUAAAACACUGGGCUUUUCUUUGGAACUACUUUCUCAAUCCAGUCUGAGAGUUUCUCUCUUUGUUCCUGGAGUUUACCAUCCGGAUAAGUGAUUAUCUACGACAGCACUUACUAUAACAAUUUGAAGCUCUUUGAUUUUAACAAGUUCAACAACAUUUCAUUUUUUACUGCUAAAAAAAAUCCAAACAGCUCCCUUGAAUUUUUUUGUUUGUGUUUUGGUGCUUUGUCGUCACCAGUGUUCCUCAUCCGUGCUAUACACCCACAUUCUCUGCUAACUUUUUAGCUGUAAUCUCAGAUGUCUAAAAAAUGUCCAUUCUCAUAGCUCACCUCCUGGACUCACUAUGAUCUUAGGCUGGUGUGAAAUUGUGUUUUUUGAAGGCACACAAUGAUGCUCAAUCAUUUUUUAAACAAAUCCCAUUGAAUCCAGUUGACUAAACCGAACAAGGUAAUGUUGAGAGAGGUAAUGUUGGACAGUUGGAUUUUUAGAGAUGUGCAUCACCACAAAUGUUAAAAUGUCUGAAUUAGAUUUUCUCUCAUCUGAAACAUAAUGAUUGAAGGUCCAGUUUCACUGCGGCUCUCUGUUGUAUUGGGGUUGUGGCAAGUUUCUGAGGCCGAUAUAUCAAAAACAACCAAAAGUAUCUGCGUGGCCAAACACUGUUGGAGGUAAAUGAGAACUUCUGUUCUUUUUGUAGUUUUAGUUUUGAUCCAUCAGCUCUAAAUCUGUAAUGCAAAGGUGUACUCGCAGUGUCUGCCACGGUGCAGUAUAACGAGUGGGUAACUUAGGAACACUGUGCAUGUCUGACCCCAUCAGACAGUGGGGGUUAUAGUGUAGAAAUAUAUCACUGACAACUUACUGAAAAAUGAAUUUAAUACAAGUAAAGAUAUUAUGCAUUGCUUUAACUUUAGAGUACCAUUCUGUUGGUUGUUGAAAUAUGGUACAAGGAAAUACUAUAUUGCUAUAUUUACAAAUAUAUCGGUUAGACUUUACAGAACCAUGUAUUUUGAAGUAUCUGCUACAAGCUCAGCAACUUGCUGAUUUGCUGCUAGACGAAGCACUGAGGCCAAUGAAAGAGGGUCUUGGCAGCUACAUAACUACGGUCUCUGACGGUUGGUUGACAGUAGGCCUCCAGAGCAUCACAGCGACCCAGUAACCAAUCAUCCUGGCUCACAGUCCCUCCAACUCUGCUGCAGGAAUGCUAAAACUGUACAGAUUUUAUCAUGAGGAUAUAAGCAAACAUUUCUGUUGAAGAUAUUGUGUUGAUUAAGUUGUAUAGUCUUUUGUACAAAGGGAUUUCCUGACCGUUUUUAGACUAUUAAUUUUACUCACUGGAGAAGAACUUUUUUUUGUUUUGUUUUGUUUUUGCUGGAUUAUUUUAACCACUGUAUUUCCAAGCCUUGUAAAUGAUAGGGAAGAUGCCAGUUAUUUAAUAGUGCUCUUUUAUCUUAUGAAAUACUGGUCGCGUAUAGCUGUUGUAAAGUUAACAAAAAGAGGUAUUUAUGAUUUCUGUUUGGUUGUCACUUGAUGUGUAAAUAUGAAAAGACUGUAUAUGUAUUUCCAUGGCAGUACUAACAAGCUGUGUUGUGUGAUAUAGUGAAUUAUCCCUUUGCUAUCUUUUAAUAUAAAAUG